AUGAAGAGAGUAUGCAAUGUGAUAAAGGUGUUAAACAAGUGUCAAGGUCCAUUAACUCCAACUGGUACUAGGAUUUUGGAAGCAAACAUAACACUUGCUAGUAAGUAUCAUGCACGAUGGAAUAGGGGACAAAAGUAUCAGGUUAAAGGUCCAUGGAAUGAUCAACAUGUGGUGGACAUAGAGAAAAGGGAGUGUAGUUAUAGAAAGUGGGAGCUUACUGGAAUUCCUUGCAAGCAUGCAAUGACAAGCCUAAAUGAAAUGGCAGACAAUAAUGAAAAGGUAGGAGAACUAUACACCUAUGUGCAUAAGGUGUAUUGGCUUGAUACAUGGAAAGAGAUGUACUCCUUCAAGGUGGAGCCUAUCAAAAGUAGAGCCAUGUGGCCUAAGAGUGAUUGUCCAACAACUCUUGUGCCUCCACCACACAACAAAGCUAUAGGCAGGCCAAAAAAGAAAAAGAGGAUUACAGCAGAGGAAAGGAUUGACAUCCAACAACGUAAGAGGCAAGCAAACAGUCAAAGUCAAAAAGAUAAUGAAACUCAAUCACUGAGCAGUAAGUUUUUGACUGUGACAUGUAGUAAGUGUAAGCAAAAGGGUCACAAUUCCAGGACCUGCAAGGCCAAAGAUGGGAAUUGA